AUGGUUGUGGACUUCGACAAGAACGCCGCCGGCACUUUUACGAUCGGUACCUUGGACCUGCAGCUUGAGCGCUUAGGAAGCAUGAACGACGAUGACUGUACAGCGAAAUCUCAAAGCCGCAGCGUAGAACUUACUGUGGCCAAAUUUUCUUUCCGACAGCUUGGAUCUCGGAUACGAAAUUUCCGAAUCCGAUACGAGAGCACAGCACGGCUGCCCGAGGCUAGACAAGGAAAGCUUCCCCGCAUUGACUCGCCGGAUUAUCUCGUCCUCAGAAAGACGCUGACGAUCGAAUGGACGAGCUAG